CCUUUUGGUUUUUCUUUUUCCGCUGUUUGCAUUCGCAUGUCAACCAGUUAAUCACACAGAGCUGCCAUCGCCUGAACUCAAUAAUGAAACCUAAUCCGACCGACGUGUGGCGACCGCGCUGCCCUCGUCGUGUGUGUGGUAGGCCCAAGUUGCGGCGGUGACUUGUGCGUUGGAUAGAGGUCUUGUUGACGCACAAAGGUUUGUAGACUUUGGCUUCGCCGAUGUGAAUCUUAGUUGGGGUUGAAGGUCAACGACUCACGUGCACUGUGACUAGAUUAUAAACCUUUGCUUUGUUAUCACGAGGAAGCACGGGCACAAUUUUCAUUGAGGCAUCACUGUGACCGGUAGUAGAUCUGUCGCUGCUCGGUACCACAAUUAGUCAGUAAAAAAGUUUUGAGUUCGAGGGAUCACUGAAAUCGCCGACAGACAACGGAAUUUAGUUACCAUUAGCAGAGCAGUGCGGCGGAAUGCGUACCGAGAAAUCGCCUCUUGUCCAGGCCGAGACACCUUCGUCAGUCACGCCAUCCGUAAAUUCAGUUAAUUCAAAGCAUGCCGAGUGGGUACCAGAACCUUCGCUACCCGCUUCGGAUGCCGCCACGCAGUCGCGGCGCCGUCACUGGAAGAACGUCCUUACCAUCUGCCUAGCCUGGCUGUUUAAUUUCACCGCCGUGGCGUCGUUCCAGAACCUACAGAGCAGUUUGAACCCCCAGGAGGGUCUGGGCGUGGCCUCCAUCGCUGCUCUUUACGCCGGCAGUAUCGUCUCUGGCUUCUACGCCCCCUUGGUCGUGAAGGCCCUUGGCCCUAAACGGACCAUCCUCCUCUGCAUGAGCUGUUACAGCGUCUACACGGCGAGUAAUUUCUACCCGCGAUUCUACACUCUCAUCCCGGCGGGGACUUUGAUGGGGCUGGUGUCUAAUCCCAUGUGGACCUCGGAGGGCACCUACCUCGCCACGUCUGCGGCCAGCUACGCCAGCCUGGCCGGUCUGCCGACCGAAGUCGUCAUCAACCGGUUCAACGGCAUCUUCUACUUCUUCUUCCAGAGCGCCCAGAUCAGCGGGAAUCUCAUCGCGUCCCUGGUCCUGUACCCCAACACCACGGGGAUGUUGCCGGACGCCAACCUGUCCCAGUACUGCGGCGUCCACUCCUGCGGCGCCUUCGUCGAUCCGGCCGGCCCACCGCCCAGACCGGCCCAGACCACGCUGUACACCCUCUUCUCCGUCUACCUCGCCUGCAACGUCGUCGGCGUGGUCCUUAUCUUGAUCUUUCUGGACCGGUUGGACGCGAGCGCCGCUCUGACCCAGUCAGGCUCGGCUUGCGGCAGGAUGACUGCCACUCUCCGCCUGGCGUUGAAGGACCGACGGAUGCUCUUGUUCCUUCCGCUGAUGAUCUACAGCGGAGUUCAGAAAGGGUUCAUAGCGGACGACUUCACAAAGGCCUUUGUGACUUGCACUCAAGGCAUCCACUACGUGGGUUUCGUCAUGAUGACGUACGGCGUCACGGACGCCUUGUGCUGCCUGGUGCUGACGCGGCUCCAGAGGUACGUGGGCAGGGUCAUGCUCUUCACAGCUGGGGCGUGCGCCGACUUGGUCUUCGUUUCUGUGAUGUGGUUCGUCUGGCCCCCACAGCACCACAACCUCUGGGCGCUGUUCCUCGCAGCCGGCGUCUGGGGAUUCGGGGACUCGGUGUGGCAGACGCAGAUUGCGUCCUUGCUGGGCGUCACAUUCACCGAGAAUCUAGCUCCUGCCUACGCGAAUUUUCGCCUCUGCCAGGCCGUGGGGAACGGCGUCAUGUUUGCCGUGUCUACCUCACCGUCUGUCUGCGUCCAUCACAAGAUCGUCGGACUGGCGGGUCUCCUGGUCGUGUCGCUGGUCUUCUACUAUGCAUUGGAAUGCAUGAUCAGGUGGAGCAAGGAAGAGGGUCCGCCCGAGGAAAUAGUGAAAUAAUGUGCAUCUCUGCAACAGUUGAUUUGAAUUCGUCAUUAAUUUUACGAUAGAAGAAAUGUGGGCACAUGAAAUCGAGCUUUGGUCUUGCAGUCUCGAGUACUUAUAGAAAGACCAUCAUUACGGUGCUCGUGUAGGGGAACAGGGUUUUAAAGAUGGGCGGCAUUUGAGUAAGCGAUACCCCCGCGCAGUUUACGGUAACGCUUGGGCACAGGCUCACCAGGUGCACGUGCCUUCCGUGGCGCCUGCGCCUGUGCA